UGAGAAGACAAAUUGCCCUCAUCAUUAUCUCCGGGCUUGUCAAUCAAACAUAUUCCCUUAUUUACCUCGGCGAGGAGAGAGCCCCGGGAGCACACGGAGAGGGAGGGAGCGAGAGGAGAGCUGCUUGUCCCAAACUCGGCACUGGGGAGGGAGCAUUUCCAGCCCCUCGGAAUGGCCACCAUCACCUGCAAUCGCUUCACCGAGGAGUACCAGCUCUUUGAGGAACUGGGCAAGGGUGCUUUCUCCAUUGUCCGGAGAUGUGUGAAGGUGUUGGCAGGACAAGAGUAUGCAGCCAAGAUCAUCAACACCAAGAAGCUGUCUGCUCGAGAUCACCAGAAGCUGGAACGAGAAGCCCGGAUCUGCCGCCUGCUGAAGCACCCCAACAUCGUGAGGCUCCAUGACAGCAUCUCUGAAGAGGGCCACCACUACCUGAUAUUUGACCUGGUCACCGGUGGGGAGCUGUUUGAGGACAUUGUGGCCAGGGAGUACUACAGCGAGGCGGAUGCCAGCCACUGCAUCCAGCAGAUCCUGGAGGCCGUCCUGCACUGCCACCAGAUGGGGGUGGUCCACCGGGAUCUCAAGCCCGAGAACCUGCUGCUGGCAUCCAAGCUGAAGGGUGCUGCCGUCAAGCUGGCUGACUUCGGCCUCGCCAUCGAGGUGGAGGGGGACCAGCAAGCGUGGUUUGGUUUCGCCGGCACCCCGGGAUACCUCUCUCCCGAGGUGCUCCGGAAGGAUCCCUAUGGCAAAGCCGUGGACCUGUGGGCUUGUGGCGUCAUCCUCUACAUCCUGCUGGUUGGGUACCCGCCCUUUUGGGAUGAAGACCAGCACCGACUCUACCAGCAGAUCAAGGCUGGGGCUUAUGAUUUCCCAUCCCCUGAGUGGGACACAGUGACUCCCGAAGCAAAAGAUCUCAUCAACAAGAUGCUGACCAUAAACCCAUCCAAGCGCAUCACAGCAGCAGAGGCUCUGAAGCAUCCCUGGAUAUCACACCGUGCCACUGUGGCAUCAUGCAUGCACAGGCAGGAGACGGUGGAUUGCCUGAAGAAGUUCAAUGCCCGGAGGAAGCUCAAGGGGGCCAUCCUCACCACCAUGCUGGCCACCAGGAACUUCUCCGGAGGCAAGAGCGGUGGCAAUAAGAAGAAUGACGGCGUGAAGAAAAGAAAGUCCAGUUCCAGCGUUCAGUUAAUGGAAUCGUCGGAGAGCACCAACACCACCAUCGAGGAUGAAGACACCAAAGUACGGAAGCAAGAAAUCAUUAAGGUCACAGAGCAGCUGAUCGAAGCAAUAAGCAAUGGUGACUUUGAGUCCUACACGAAGAUGUGUGACCCUGGCAUGACUGCCUUCGAGCCCGAGGCUCUGGGCAACCUCGUGGAAGGCCUGGAUUUCCACCGAUUCUACUUCGAAAACCUGUGGUCCCGGAACAGCAAGCCUGUGCACACGACGAUCCUGAAUCCCCACAUCCACCUGAUGGGAGACGAGUCUGCCUGCAUCGCCUACAUCCGCAUCACGCAGUAUGUGGACGCGGGGGGGAUUCCCCGCACUGCUCAGUCCGAGGAGACCCGCAUCUGGCACCGCCGGGAUGGCAAAUGGCAAAUUGUCCACUUCCACAGAUCCGGUGCACCCUCGGUCCUACCGCAGUAACCCCUCUGAAGCGCGGUCCUGCCCGUGUCGGGUUUGUCACUGACUGACUACUAAGGGGACGCCCCCUCCGACAUCUUCACCUACGGGACUUUGGCUGUUGGCUCUGCUGCUUGGUUCCCGCUGGAAUAACCCCUCGCUUCUCACCGCACACACGCAACAGCCCUGCCGGCACCGCGCAAACCUCCCAUCGAACCCCUCCACCCCGCCGGGGCCCCCUUCCUCUGCAUGAACCAAGAAAAGAGAAACCACGAACCUAAACCCGAGUGUCUGGCCAGUGAGGUGAUGUGCCCUCAGCUGCAUGGCGUUGGUGGGACCCCCCCCCACUACCCAGCACGUCUCCUGAGUUGGGCUCGGACUCAUCAUCUCCAUCUCCACCUCCGCCGGGAGCCCCCUGAGGACGAGGAAGGCGGUGGGAUAGUUUGGAGCCACUCCGUGCUGUACCCUCCCUGUGUGCAGUGGAUUUUGCUUUGCUGCUAUCAAGGUCCCUGUCCGUCACCGUGGCUCUUGUCUGCUCCCGACCCGAACUACUGCUUCCAGGCAGCCUUGACUGGGGAACCACGAUUUAAACCAUCUGCAAAGCCCAUUUUCCACGUGCCCCCAGGCGAGGAGGGCAGUGUUUGGAUGGGUGAGUAAAGGCUGUUUGUUUCCCCUUCCCAGGAGCAUAGGCUGACUCCUCAGGAAAGCGAGUAGGUUUGCACCCUGGCUCCGGACGGACGGGGGUGCUCUCCCUCCUUCCUCCCUUCUCCUGUUGGAGCAGGAACCAGAAAAGCUGGGAGAAGAGAGGAGAAAGAUGACUGCUUCCCAGCACUGCGCUGGCACCGGGGAGCCGGGGCUCUCCCAGCCAUGCCAUGGUGACAGCAUUUCUCUUGUGCCCUCCUCACCCACCACCCAUCCUGGAUCGUCCACCCCUGCCCCUCGCAUGCAGCAUCCAGUGUUCCCCAUGCUGGGAUGGGGGCAACUGAGCUGGGCAUGGAUUCGGGGUGCAAACCUCCAUCACCCACCCGACUCCUUCCAGCGACAAUGAGGAAUGCGAGCUUUAGUAACGAAACUCUGCUUUGAAGAAAACAAACAAGCCUUUAGCUGUCUUCUACUUUGAGCGCAUGCCUUUUUAUAGGGAGAACAACCUUCCGUGUAUUUCGUAACUUGACUUUGAGUAUUUGCUGAAAUGAAUCUUUAUGUAAUAACUAGAAAUGUUCAACUGUUUAGGGUGGAGGGGGUGGGAUUGGGGGUUGCUGUUUUUCAUUGCGUUUACAUUUGGAGAUGGGCUGCGCUGCCACGAUGCUCCUACCAGGGGUCCUGCGGAUGCCAGCCCCCACCCCAUCCCAUCCCUAAGCAUUGGGUGGGCAAAGGAACCCAUAUCCAGGGGCACCCACCUUCCUGGGGCACCUUCCUGCACCCCAUGGGUCUUCCUGCAGGGUAAACCCAGGCAGUGGCUCUUAGGGAGCCAUCGGGACAUGGCUUUCAGGACAGAAGACAUGGCCGGGAAGGGGAAUUUUGGUCUCAGCUCUUCGCCAUCAGGGAGAGGUCUGAGGUUGGAUAUUUUCCUGGCAAUUCUUCCAUUUCUUGUUCUCUUUUUUCCCAACUGGAAGCUCUUUGCUCGUUGAGGUGAGGCUCCUGCAGCACUGCUGCUCUGGGGGAACUUUCUAGCUCCACUCUUUUCAUCUGCAUGGCGUUUAACUUUCUAGACAGUGCGUGUGAUGAAAAAAAAAAAGAAAUGAACAAAAAAAAAUGCUUGUUUUGGACAUAAAAAAACAAA